CGAUGAGCUGAGUUUAUCCAGUGGGUGUAGAACGUUGUUCGCGAAAAUUUUUAUUGCCAGUUCUUUAAUUUGUUUGAAUUUAUUGGAAAAUCGAUGAAUUUCAGCAAUGGAUAAUACCAAAAUAUUUUUCAUCUUGGUAUGGAUAAACGCAUUCACCAAUAUUCACUGUGGUUCCGAUGUAAUUACCAUUAAAUCACCAGAUGCUACUAAAAUAGAUAUAACUCCUAUCAGCAAUAGGGGAUGGAAUUUAACCAUGGACGAAAACAAUCAUAAUUUCGAGACCCGUAAAGAAUUAUUUAUAAUAAAUGACCCCAGAUGCAACGAAAACACUUUUCAAAAAUUUUCAACGGGAUUCGAUGUUAACAGUUUCAUGUACGAACUGGACUCGGAUUGCAAGUUCUAUUCCGACGAAUCGUUCGACUACGAAAAUCAAAACCAAAGACAUUUCCAAUUUCAUUUAACCUACGACGGUCAACCUUCUAGUCUCACCACGAUUAUUCUAAACAUUCGCAACAUCGACGACGAGAGUCCCGUUUUGACUUGCCCCAAAUGCAGUUUAGAAGAAAGAAAAAUAUACACGGAGGAAAAUAGCACUUGUGCUUACACCUUGUACGAUCCCGAUGGCUUUUUGGAAUACAUGCAUUUCGACAUUACCGGCUUGGAUGCCCAAAACGCUGGUUUGUUUAAGAUCGAUCCGCCUGAUGUCGAUAACUUCACCUACACCAAACCGGUGAAGUUAACGAAUACCGAAAUGUUGGAUUACGACGCCACUAAUUUGUAUUCCUUCAGCAUAACUGUAAUAGAUAGCGGAUCGAACAAAGUUACUCAAAACGCGAUUGUUAAAGUGAACGAUACCCGACAUACGCCACCGAAAUGGGUCAGUAUGACGAAUUUUCAGGAAAUCACCGAAAAAACGAUCCAGACCAUACAAGUUAAAGCGAUAGACGGGGACACUGGAUUGAACAAGACAAUUUGCUACUACAAAAAAAAUGAAUCCGACGCCGAAGCUAAUUACAUCACGGUGGAUAAAGACAAGGGUAUUAUCACUAUAAAUAAAAUAGACAGAGACAAAAACGACAUAAGCGAAUAUUACUUGUACAUCGAAGCGUGCGUUUGCGAUGAACCAAGCUGGUGUCAAAUCCAAAAAAUGACCUUCUCUAUAAUAGAUGUAGACGAUCACAACGCGGAAAUAUUAAAGGAUAACUACAAAAACGGCACCAUAAUCGACAUCACCAAUCCUAAAAUAGUCCAAGUGUCUUUCCUCGAAAACGCCGUGGGAAGCUUCAACUUUACAUCGUUCAUUGAAGACAGAGACACUGGCGAUAACGCAAAUUUCCAAGUCGAAUUGACCGAAAGCGGCACAUUCGAUUACACCGUCGCUUACACAAUGGUCCCAUCGUCCGGUUAUAAGAAAGGAAAUUUCGCAAUUAACAUCAAAAAUAGCACUUACUUGGAUUUCGAAGACAAACAGUGGUACAUACAUAGCUUCAAUGUAGAAACCGUAGGCACCCGCAAUUCUUCUCACAUCGAUAAAUUGUUUGUAAACGUAUCGUUAAUAGACUACAACGACGAGAUACCCAAGUUCGAUGAAGCUAAUUACGCUGCGACCAUCAACGAAACAGCGAAAACCGGCGAUUUCGUGUUGAUAGCCCACGCUACAGACCGCGACGCCGAAGACAAGAUAUUGCACAUGGAAAUAUCCGGCGAGUACGCGAAAGAUCGAUUGCAAAUCGUCCCGGACGGUACCAUAACGGUGAAUUUAACGAACCCCAACGGCGACGAUUUCGGCUUCGAUUACGACGAGCUCAAUUCGGUUUUCUUCCAAGUCAAAGCCAUCGAUAGAGUCGGUCAUACCACAGUCGUUCCUGUUACACUCACUAUUGCAGAUGUGAAUAACAAGAAGCCUAUCAUCGAGCCUGUUGAAGAUUCGAUUAGCGUCGAAGAGAACCAAGUGGAUGGGAUUUUUCUCAAUGCAACGAUCACCGCCAGCGAUCCGGACACCACGGGAAAUCUAACGGCUAGCAUCGAUUGGAGCCACACUAGAGCGGUUAAGAACUCCCUGCAGUUGAAUUUAACCGAUCCUGCUAAUAUGACGGCGAUACAGUUUUUAGAGCCAGUGGUAACGCCGAGAGACGGCGAAGUGAGAAACAUUAACAUCAAACUGAAAGUGGUGCAUUCCGAGAUAGACGGCAAGCAAACGAAGCCGGAUUUCGAAACGUUCGAUUCGCUCUACCUUAAAUUAGUCGUUACAGAUUUGAACACCGAUCCGGAGUUUUUGUCGAAGCAAAACUCAACAGUGGACGUUUUGAUAACUAUUAUCGAUAUCAACGACAACCCGCCGGUUUUCCCCGCAGACGAUACGAACAGAACCGUCAUAGAAAACGCCAAUAAGGACGUUUCUGUCGGGAGUAUACAAGCGACUGAUAAAGAUGCCGGGACGAUCUUGCACUACAACUGCACGGCCGAUGAUCCCGAUGCCGACUGGAUAGUAAUCGAUGAAUUGAAGGGAACUUUCAGCGUUAAAGAAACUGGGAAAAUUAACGCCGACGUGCCGAAAAGAUACACUUUUUCGUACACCUGCGGAGCAACUGACGGGCUGUUUUACACUGAAACAGUCAAACCGGUUGUGUUUUACAUAAUUGACACCAACAGCAGGGAUCCGGUAAUUACACCGAACGACACGUUUUCAGUUAAAGAAAAAUCUAGGAAAGGCCAAUUGGUCUCACCAAUAGAAACAUCAGACUUGGACAGAGAUCCGCCUUUUCAUGCGUUAUCGUGCCAUAUAGAUCCGAAAUCGGAUAAUGGCGAUUGCUCGAAGCAAUUCGAAAUACAGGACGACACUAAGCAUUUAGUCGUUAAAAAUGACAAAACGCUCGAUAGGGAUAAAGGAAAAGGAGUUUACAAGUGUACUGUUAUAUGCACAGACAAUCCGAACUACGAAAGAUCCCAAAGUCCCAGGACCAGUUCGAGCGAUUUCGUUAUAACUUUGAUAGAUAUUAACGAUCAUGCUCCGACGUUGCACACUUUAAAUGCCGAGACCAGCGAAAACUUGAAACUGGGCGCAGAAGUUUGCAGUAUUUACGGCGAAGACAUCGACGAAGGCGACAACGCUCGAAUAGUUUUCGGAAUACAAAGCGUCAAAGACGCGACCGGUCGCGAUUUCACGUCCUAUUUCGAAUUGAAAAACACCACCGAAGUCAACGCUACAUGGUCGACAGUGCAUUUAUUUGCCACUAAAAACUUGAAAUCUUUAUACGGCAAUUACAUCGUCCAAUUGAAGAUUCACGACAAGGGCACCCCUCAACAAACCACCCCUAGCGACCAAUCGAUUUUAAAACUUCAAAUCGACAAAUACAAUUAUGCUUCGCCAACGAUCGCCUAUCCCGAUACGGAAACGUUGGAUCUCCUAACGGACCAAACAAUCGGAAAACCCUUGAUGAUGUUCGGCAAGAAAAACCAGCAACAGCUACCGGACUUCAUAGCGACUGAUGGUCAAACGAAGGACUGCUCGAAAUGGAACGUUACCUUCGGCAUCGAGUACCUGAACCCUGGCGAUCCAGAUAUAUUCAAGCUAGUAAAAAUCAAACCGUGCGAAUCGCAGCUCCAAGUGACUAACCAAUUCAAUCCAGAAACAGGCGCUAACGCCAAAACAUACCAAGUGAAAUUCACGGCUUGGUUAAACUCCACCGCAAGCGAAACAAUCAAAGGCGACGCGCCCUGGUUCGCUUCAACAACAGUUAAAAUAAUGUUCAUCAGUAAAAACGAGGAGCCCUAUUUCAAAGACGACACUCCUUGGGUGGUUACCUUCGACGAAAAAAACACCACUCAAUUAGCCGUAUUGGGACCCAACCGGCAGGCUUCGUACGACAUCGGCGAUUUUUCCCUCUACUACGAAUUCCUCGGCGACGCCAAAAUCGCCCAAUUCUUCACCGUCGACAAAAACUCCGGAGAUGUUCACGUCAAAAGUGAAUUCCUCUACGACGACCACAAGCGGUUUGAUUUCAAAAUCGUCGCCUCGAACGAUUCCACGUCGGCUUACAACACCAAUCCGAUGGGUUAUUUGAACGUUACAGUGCUUGUUAAAAGCGUCAAUUGGAGACCUCCGAGUUUCAUCAACGAGCCUUUCUUCGGAGCCAUCAUGCCCACGUACAAAGCCGGAGUCGAAGCGGUUAGCAUCAAAGCGAUGGAUCCGGAUGAGGUGGAUAAAAAUAAACUGGUUUUCACUAUUAAAGAUAUAACUAGACACGGUAAAGGGCUCGAUUUUAUAAACGAUCCGGCUUUCAGUAUCAGCUCGAGCAAGGAUGUGGGUAGCGUUGUAACUUCCUUUCCAGUGGAUUCUUCAAUGAGCGGUUACUUUGAAUUGACUAUCGUGUGUAGCGAUCAAGCAAUAAAUGAUGGACCUCACCACAUUACCACCAAAGCCGCCAUAUUCAUAAUAACCACAGAUAAUACCAUACGCAUGGAGUUUUUGAAUUCGGUAGAAGAAAUCAAGAAGAAGCAAGAUGAAAUGCUGAAAAUCGUUUCGACGGUUCUGAAGUACAACGCGUUCAUUCAAAAUGUCAACGAAACGAUGGAGAGCGGCGGGAAGGAAAUUACAACAGUUACUGUUUAUUUUAUUGAUGUGAAAAAAACCGCUUUGAUUCCAGCGAAGACCAUCAUGAGCGAAGUAUCCGAUCCGAGUACAUACGCUACUUUAUACCAGCAACUGAGAAACGAAACGCUUUAUUUAAACUCCAUACCGGGGCUACCCAGUGUCGAUAACUCCGAGGAGAAAACGAGGAAAUUGCUACUCGGGAUUUCGAUCGCUUUGGGCUUAUUGUGCAUAAUACUGCUCGCUGUGCUUGUAUGGAAAACGAGACAGCUCACGAGGAGGAUUUCUAAAUUGACGAAGUACAAGUUCAGUUCGCAGGAUUCGGGAUUGAAUCGAAUCGGAGCUCCCACUACGAAUAUGCACGCGUUGGAAGGGACGAAUCCGAUUUACAAAAACGAUAUUAAUCAGAAUAAUGAAAUGAAGGAUUUCGACAAGCACAGUAUAAGAAGCGGCGAUUCGGAUUUGAUUGGAGUCGAAGACAAUCCGGAGUUCGAUCUUAAUUUUAAUUCUCCUAACGAUACAACGACUUAUUUAUAACGAAGUUUUCGUACAUUUAGGUGUUUUGUUUGUAUUUAUUUUAUUGAGUAAUUUAUGUAGCAUUAAAUUAAGUGUAAAAAUG